GGUAGGCUCCGCGGCGGCCCUGCCCCGCCUGGUGUCCUCACCUGCUGCGCACUCUCGGGGCGUCCCAGCAGUGCCGCUGGCUCGCCGCUUGAGUUUAUGACUCCGAGCGUCCGCUUUGCCGCUGGGGAGCGGGGACGAUAAAGCCACGUGCGGUGUAGGGUUACUGGGAGGAGAUGUCAGUGCUAGGGUAGUUCCCUAGGUUACCCUCCCCAGGGCCUGAGAACGAGGUUGGGAUACCCCGGGCCAGCGGAAGGCCCACGCCCCGGGGCGGGACGCGGUGCCCUCCGGCUUUAACAGACCACCUCCCUGUGGAUGCCACGCUACCAGGAAGGAAAGACCUAACGACCCCAGUGCCUCCCUCCACAGCGAUGUCGGAGCUCAGCGAUGAAGCCAGCGAGCCGGAGCUGCUGAGCCGCAGCUUGUCCAUGUGGCACGGGCUGGGUGCGCAGGUCAGCCGGGAGGAGCUGGCCGUCCCCUUGGAUCUUCACACAGCUGCCUCCAUUGGCCAGUAUGAAGUGGUGAAGGAAUGUGUGCAGCGGAGAGAGUUAGAUUUGAAUAAGAAGAAUGGUGGUGGCUGGACCCCGCUGAUGUAUGCCUCCUACAUUGGACACGAUACCAUCGUGCACCUGCUGCUCGAGGCGGGGGUGAGUGUGAAUGUGCCGACCCCGGAAGGGCAGACUCCGCUGAUGCUGGCUUCCAGCUGUGGCAACGAGAGCAUCGCCUAUUUCCUCCUCCAGCAAGGUGCUGAGCUAGAAAUGAAGGACAUUCAAGGCUGGACUGCCCUCUUCCACUGCACCAGUGCUGGGCACCAGCAGAUGGUCAAGUUCCUUUUGGACAGUGGAGCGAACGCCAAUGUGAGGGAUCCCGUAUAUGGAUUCACUCCUCUGAUGGAAGCGGCUGCCGCUGGCCAUGAAAUAAUUGUGCAGUAUUUUCUGAAUCAUGGAGUCAAAGUGGACACGAGAGACCACAGUGGAGCCACAGCCCGGAUGCUGGCCAAGCAGUAUGGACACAUGAAGAUUGUGGGGCUGAUAGACGCUCACUCACCUUCUCUGCCCAAGAGCCUCUACCGGAGCCCAGAAAAAUACGAAGAUCUGAGCUCUUCAGAUGAAUCCUGCCCCGUCCCUCAGAGACAGAGGCCCUGUCGGAAGAAGGGCCUCAGCAUCCACGAGGGGCCGCGAGCCUUGGCCAGGCUCACAGCUAUUGGACUCGGAGGCAGGAUGCAGCAGCCUUGCUAUGAGCAGGUGCCUCCACGGGGCUAUGUUACCUUCAACAGCAGCGAUGAGAACCCCCUGGAAGAGGGGGGCCUCUGCUACAGGGACGUCACCUCCCCCAUCAAUGAGCGGGACGUGGAGAGCAGCAGCGGCAGCAGCCGGGAAGAGCACGCCUUCUGUGCCCGCCUUGGGGCCGCGCGGAGCAGCAGCAGCAGUGAGGGCCUGGCCCGGGCCCCGGAACUCAGCAGCGAGGCCUCCCUGGAGAGCAACGAGGAUUCGGAUCAUGCGCGGAAAAGCUCGGUUCGCAAACAAACUAAAAGCUACGUGAAGACCAAGAAUCGUUACAGCAGCAGUGACAGCCAGUGGCCUCCUGGCACCGGGACUUCCUGUGCCCCAGGAUUGAUCCCCCAGACUGACAGGUCCCCCUACUCAGGACCCCAGGACCUCGCCACGCUGCUGGAGCAGAUCGGCUGCCUCAAAUACCUGCAGGUGUUUGAGGAGCAGGACGUGGACCUCCGCAUCUUUCUGACCCUCACUGAGAGCGACCUGAAGGAAAUCGGCAUCACGUUGUUUGGGCCCAAGAGAAAGAUGACCUCUGCCAUCGCCCGCUGGCACAGCAGCGCCCGCCCCCCCAGUGAUGCCUUGGAGCUGGCCUACGCCGACCGGCUUGAAGCCGAGAUGCAGGAGCUCGCCAUCCAGUUGCACAAACGCUGUGAGGAGGUGGAGGCCAUGCGGGGCCUGGUGUCGCAGGAGCAGGAGCUGCGGGCUGUGGUGGAGAGCUGCCUCCUGGAACAGGACGGUGCCCGCAAGGACGUCCAUGCACAGUUGCAGGAGGCCUGGGCCCUCGCCCGGGAUGCUGCGCUUGUCCUGGACCAGCUGCGAGCCUGUCAAGCUGAGCUGUCCACCCGAGUGCAGCAGGAUGAAUCCCCGCUCGAGGCCACGCUGGGCCCAGGCCUCCCCACAGCUGACUCCAAAGGCUGGCAGGCCGCCUUGCAGGCCCUGAGCCUCCCUCAGCUGUCGGGAGCCCUGGAGGAUCAAGUCCGGGAGAUGGGGCGAGUGCUGUGCUUAGUGACCCAGAGCCUGGAGAAGCUGCAAGUGCUGAACGGGAAGGAGAACUGGCGGGAGCCUUAGCCAGGGGGACGUCUUCUCUUUCCCUUCUCAGAAUCUGACGUGGGGUGACUGAUCCACCCUGAAGCUGUGUGCCCGGAGGACAGGAGGCCAGCGAGCGGGCAGCUGCAGUGGCCAGGGCCAGAGGAUCGGGCCCCAGGAGCAGCUGGCAGACAGGACGGGGCUGUGGCCGGUGCGAGGGCAGCAAGGCCCGCACUGAGGCAAGACGAGGGUCUCUUGUCCAGACCCGGGAGUGGGGCCCAGAGCAGGCAGGGCCUUGGGGAGAGCGCGUCCCCACACACCACAGGCGCCACACUGAGGUUCGCCCAGAUGGGUGAGGACUGAGGCGGCGCGCCUGGGCAGCAUAUGUCAUUUGCUGGAAAAUAAAGUUUAAGAUUGGCUGGUGAGGGGUUCA